AUUGAAUCACAAGGCCAUGCUAUUACUGAAUCAUCUUCGAAAUUCUACACGCGAUGAUAUUCGUAAUCCUGUUAAAACCGUAUUGAAUUAUCUGAAUUCAUUCGAUGUUUCUGGAGUUUAUGUGCCGACGUCAGCUCACCUUUCGACACAUGGUACAUCACCCCUCAAUUAUCGCUUCGACGGUAUGUCAUCAUCAUACGAUGCUACAGUUUCAGUUGCUCCAUCUUACAUGGAUUCAACACGGCUAUUAAAAUAUCGCUCAUCUCAUUCUUAUGCAGCAAGUGUAUUACCCGGUAACGUGAGCAGCACAUUAAACACUGAAUAUUUUCCUUAUUCUUCCCCAUCGUGUGCUUCCACUAUGCAGCAGGGAUUUGCCCCUCGUCCAGGUGAUCGUUCAAAUCAUCAAGAACAGUUUGCUUCUCUUCCGCGACAAUUUUUCCAGAAAAGUAAAAUAUCGAAUGCAUCAUCUGUUGGAGAUGAUAGUAAUCUGUAUCUUAAGCAGAUGCAAGCUGCUGCGCGGUUUUCUCCAUCUGUCACAACUGUGAAACAUCCUAUUCAUCCAGAACAAAAGAAUUUGAGUUCUUCAACAACGACAACAAGUGGUUUUGUUGCUGAAAGUCUACAAGGUCCUAAUCUGAGUAGUGAGGAAAAUGGUGAUAGCGAUGGAUUGAGAAGCUUGAAUAGGCCUGAUGACCCGUCUUUCGAGGUAGAAGAUAGUGUACGAUGUACACGCUGUACCAGCACGCAAUCGCUCUCGUCACUAUUUCCGGGUGAAAGAAGCACAUGGAACAGUUGUAAUAAUUCCGCAGCUGACAGUAAUCGCCUUUCUCCAGUUAGCGCUACUGAAAUUCCUGAUUCUCCCACUCAAUGUGCACCGUUAGCUGAUUCAACAACACUUUCCGCACGAGAUUUUGAAAGUACCGAAGAAAAUGAAAUGCGGGACGAAGUAAGCAUAUCAAAGGAGGUGCCACUUGAACCUCCUAAGUCAAAUACGAUGCAAUCAACUAAUGGAAAAAAUAGUUCUGUCAGUAAAGACGAUAGAGACGCAAAAGCAAAUACAGGACAGGAGAAUUUAUUAGAUGAUGAUUAUGGGAGUUUUAUGGGUCGCGCUGAUUCUGAGUUGCUAAAUCAGUCAAUUGAAUCUGCGAUGCCGAAGAGAGUGGAAAUCAACGAGGAGUUUUUAGCAGAUAUGAUCGAGCAGGCACAACCAAAGUUAUCUCCGCUGAAACAAUACGGCAGUAUUAGCGGACGCAAUUUUUCAAAAGCUUCUACGGCCAGGGCAUCGAGUGUAAAAAUAGACAGCGAUGAUUUCUUGCUGCAAAGCAUUGCCAGUGUAUUGCCGCAGAGUUCUAGCUCCACACAUGAUAUGUCAGGCAUAGGUUCACCGCCAAAAAAAGCGAGGGCCAUGACGGGCGAUACCGCACGCACGUCAGGUGGCCCUAAACGUACUUCUUAUGCGGUCCUUUCAAAUUCGCACAGUCGUCUCACGCAUAGUUGCUCUGUCCUACGUACAAAGGAAUCAAGGCCGAAUGGUAUAAAUCUGAAAACGAAGCUCGGAAACAGAAUCACUACAUCAAAUUCUGCUGCGUUAUUUGAUGCAGCGUUACGGAGCUCUUUUGUGGAAAGUCCGAAAACUACAGAAAAAGUUCGGGAUGCCUUGUUAUUGGUUCAUCAAGAUAUAAACGAGGAGAGCGACACACUGAGUGAAGACAAUUACAGUCCUCUAACGGAUAACAAUAUGGCUGUUGACAAAAAUGUGCCCCAAGAUAUUGAUGAAGAAUCUCAGACGGAACAGCUCGUAAUAGAUUGCAGUGUUGUGUCAGAAACUACCAAGCAAACUGUUAAACCAGUGCAGAAAGAGAGUUGUGUACAAGCUAGCAUGUCGAUUCCUUUUGGACUGGCUCAUAAAAACGUGGAAAAACAAUCGUCAGAGCAGGAAAUUUUUACACUCCCGGCACCGUUCAGCAACUGUAGUUCACAAAACAGUUCUCCCUGUAAUCCAAUCAUAACAUCGACGCCAAGAAGUUCUUCCAAACUGUUAACUAAAUUCCCUGUGAAAAUACCGAGACAUAAUGUUCUUAUUUCAAAAUCAACGCAGGAGAAAGUUUCUACUUCGAACACAGUCAUUCCGAGAACUAGGAACUCCUGCAACGUUGCUGUGAAAUCAUCAGAGGAUGGUAGAAAUCCACAUCGCGCACGUUCUUUGCCAAGACCUAAACAGUCAGUUUUAUCGAAAGCUAAACCUAUUCCACCAUCUUGCUCACUGCCAAGUUCAAAAAUAACCACACCGCGAGCUGUAACUUGUCGACAUCGAGCAAUUACUUCGGACACUUCUAAUAUAUCUCAGAAUUGUUCUAGUUCGAUUUAUAAAACGAUCAAGCCCCAGGAUGUGCUCAUUCAGGAAUUCGCUAAAAACCGAUCCACAAAAGUAUUACCAUUGAAUCAUAGGAAUGUGAAUGAGAAGACUGUUUCUGUUGCUGUUGUUCCUGAAAAUGAUAGCAUGAAAGAUGCUGUUACAGCAGAUACCGAAAAUGACAGCGGAACGCAGUGUGACAAUCAAUCAGUGGCUGGAAGGAAAAAAACUAUCAAACAAAUGCUUGUAACUACCGUUUAA